CAGAGCAUAAACCCUAGCUCUCUCCCGCUCUCCCUCUCUCUCUCUCUCUCUCUCUCUCUCUCUCUCUCUAUUUGCUUUCAGGAUGAGGAAACACAAGUCCAGGCAGGCACGCAAGCUAAACCGCCUAAGCGAAGUUGAAGAAAUCAAGCUCCUGAACUCAUGGAUCGAAUCACAAAAACCCGAUUCAGGGUCCAAUCCUCUUUCUCUCGAUCCUCUGCCAAAGGAUACGCCAAUUGGACGCAUUGUAGACGACGCAGGCGACACCAGUUUCUCACGAUAUGCUGGGGCAACGAAGUUCUAUCAGUUGCCGCUCUCGAAGAAUACCAAACAGGGCUUAAAGGAAGCCAAGUAUGUGAAGAUGACUGAUAUACAGAGGGCGUCUUUGCCGCAUUCGCUUUGCGGGAGGGAUAUUCUAGGUGCAGCAAAAACAGGCUCUGGAAAAACUCUGGCUUUUAUUAUACCGGUUUUGGAGAAGUUAUACAAGGAGAGGUGGGGCCCUGAAGACGGGGUAGGAAGCAUAAUAAUAUCUCCCACAAGGGAAUUAGCUGGCCAACUUUUUGAUGUGCUGAAAGUUGUUGGAAAGCACCAUAAUUUUAGUGCUGGCCUCCUAAUUGGUGGUCGGAAGGAUGUUGACAUGGAGAAAGAGCGUGUUAAUGAGCUGAAUGUCUUAGUUUGCACUCCUGGUCGGCUUCUUCAACACAUGGAUGAGACUCCAAAUUUUGAAUGUUCGCAGCUUCAGGUUUUGGUUCUAGAUGAGGCAGAUCGUAUUCUUGAUGUUGGGUUUAAGAAGGCUCUAAAUGCAAUUAUUUCUCAGCUACCUAAAUGUAGGCAGACCUUGCUUUUCUCUGCGACUCAAACAAAGUCAGUGCAGGAUCUUGCCAGGCUCAGUUUGAAGGACCCAGAGUAUCUUAGCGUGCAUGAGGAGUCUGUAACUGCUACUCCAAAUCGUUUGCAGCAAACUGCAAUGAUUGUUCCACUUGAGCAGAAGUUAGACAUGUUAUGGAGUUUCAUCAAGGCACAUCUUAAUUCAAAUAUUCUCGUGUUUCUAUCAAGCUGCAAACAGGUAAGAUUUGUUUAUGACGCAUUCAAGAAAUUGCGUCCUGGGAUACCUUUGAAAUGUCUCCAUGGAAAGAUGAAGCACGAGAAGAGGAUGGGAAUAUAUUCCCAGUUCUGUGAGAAGCGAUCAGUUCUCUUUUCAACUGAUGUGGCCUCACGAGGCCUCGAUUUUAAUAAGACAGUUGACUGGGUUGUCCAGAUGGAUUGCCCAGAAGAUGUUGCAUCCUACAUACAUCGAGUUGGACGUACAGCUCGUUAUACUUCCGGAGGGAGGUCUGUUUUAUUUCUCAUGCCUUCAGAAAUGAAAAUGCUUGAAAAGUUACAAGGAGCAAAGAUACCCAUACAAUUCAUCAAGGCAAACACGAAAAGACUGCAACCAGUUUCUGGACUGUUGUCAGCUUUGCUAGUCAAAUAUCCAGAUAUGCAGGCUCUGGCUCAAAGGGCCUUUAUCACAUAUUUGCGGUCUAUUCAUAUUCACAAAGACAAAGAAAUCUUUGAUGUAAUGAAACUGCCUGUUGAUGAGUUUUCAGCAUCGCUGGGCCUUCCAAUGACACCCAGAAUCAGGUUUUUGAACCAAAAAACUCAGAGCAAAAUAAAAUCCGAUACAGUCGCUGUUGUCGAACCACAAAAUGUUAGGAUGACACAUGUUCCAAGAGAGGAGCUACUUGUAGAUGAUUUGGACGAAGAGCAAGUGGACAAAGAUAUUCUUCUUAAAAAGGAUGCUCAAACUGAAGUGGAGAAAGCAAGGGAGGUUGAUGAUACGACCAUGCCGGCAACUCGGAUUCUGAAGAAAAAAAAGUUGAAGAUCAAUGUUCAUAGACCAUUGGGAACCAGGGUUGUCUUCGACGAGGAGGGUAACUCAAUGCCACCCCUUGCAAGGGUGGCUGACACAAAUCACUCGAACAUUCUUUUUGAUCAAGACAAGAAAGACGAGUACUACAGGAAGAUGAGGGAAGAAUUGAAGCUAGUGGACAAGGAGGACAAGCUUCUAGAUCGACAGCGACGUAGAGAAAAACGAGUUAAGGAGAAGAUCAAAUGGAAGAAAUCUAAUAUGGAGGAAGAAGAUGAUGGAGAGGAGAGCGGGUCAGAAGGAGAAAUUGAAGGAGGAAGGAAACAUAAAAGAUCCAAGAUAUACUUUGAUAGUGAUAGUGAUAGUGAUUAUGGUGAAAGAGAAGAAAAUAAGGACACUAAGGGAAUCAAUGGAGAUUCCAUUACCAUUGCAGAACAAGAAGAACUAGCUCUUAAAUUAUUAAGUUCAAUGCAUUCAUAAAAGCUAUUUUUUCCCCUUUUCCUGCAUGGAUGGUUACAACUAGUGGUUUGUAUGGAAAUAAAUUUUUUUGCAUGUGAGCUAUUA